AGCGGCACUCUGCUCGUCAGUGUGGCGGGGAGCGCGUCUCUGUGCGGGCAGUUACAGCGCAGCCUCCGCUCCGCUCCGCUCCGGGCGCGUCACGCCAAACCCGUGGAGUCCGCGUGCUCCCUCCCAGUGUGUCCAAAAAAAAGUGCGCACCCAGCCGGAUAAGGCCGUCUUCUGCAGGACAGAAAACGCACCACGGAACGCCGGUACACUUUGCCGAAGGGAAACAAGCGUGUGUGUGUGUGCGUGUGUGUGUGUGUGUGUGUAUGUGACUGAGAAAACAUCACCCCCAAAAAAAGACAUUAUGAUGUUGAAACAGCACCUGCUCUUCGUGCUCUGCAGCGUCUGCGGGACUGUCGUUAAAGAGGCAGCAACAAAAAGCAAAGCAAAAGGCAGCCAGAGCCAGUUUCCCGUCACCCAGAACGUGACGGUGGUGGAGGGCAGCACAGCCAACAUGACCUGCCGUGUCGAUUACAACGAUAACACCUCCCUCCAGUGGUCAAACCCUGCACAGCAAACCCUUUUCUUUGGGGACAAGAAAGCACUGAGAGACAACCGAAUUGAGCUGGUUCGAGCAUCGUGGAAGGAGCUGACCAUCAGCAUCAGUGAAGUGACUCUUUCAGAUGAGGGGCAAUAUACAUGUUCACUCUUCACCAUGCCCAUCAAAACCUCCAAGGCCUUCCUCACUGUUCUGGGCGUGCCAGAAAAACCAGAAAUCACUGGCUUCACAAGACCUGCUGUGGAAGGGGAGGAUGUCACACUCACAUGCGUAACAUCUGGAAGCAAACCUGCUGCCGACAUCCGAUGGUUCAGAAAUGAUAAAGAGGUGCAAGGUGUGAAGGAGGUGAAUGCCACAGGCAGGUCUUUUACAGUCAGGAGCUCUGUACACCUCCAAGUGGACCGGAAAGAUGAUGGAGCUGCAUACACCUGCAGCGUGGAGCACAUUGCUCUGAACUCCACUCCUCACCAGGUCACAGAGGUGCUGGAGGUCUACUAUGCACCUAAGAUAGAGAUUGUUCCCUCUUUAAACGUGCCACAGGAAGGGCAAUACUUCAAACUGGAGUGUACAUCUAAAGGCAACCCCCUACCUGAUCGAGUGUUAUGGACAAAAGACGGUGGAGUACUUCCUGAUGUCGAGCGAAUGAUCGUGGAAGGCAGAGAACUAAUCAUCACAAACCUCAACAAAACAGAUAAUGGCACAUACCGGUGUGAGGCAAGGAACCAUCUUGGGAUCAACAGUGAUGAAUAUGCACUGUUUGUGUAUGCCAAAAACUUACCCGGUACUUCAGACCCAAAUGCAUUGACUCAGCAUGGUCCUGAUCAUGCACUGAUCGGAGGAGUGGUGGCUGUGGUGGUCUUCAUCACACUCUGCUUCAUCAUCGUCCUGGGCCGCUAUUUGGCCAGGCAUAAAGGGACAUACUUAACCAAUGAGGCCAAAGGAGCGGAGGACGCCCCUGACGCAGACACGGCCAUCAUCAAUGCGGAGGGGAACUACGCACAUGCAGAGGAAAAGAAAGAGUACUUCAUUUAGCACCUCUGUUUCUUCCUUUCUGUUGCGUAACUGUCAUGGCAACGCUGCUAGCCGGCCCGGGAAGGGCGCUAAGUCACUCGGUGUAGCCUGCUGGGGUUCCGGGUCUCCCUCCUCAAACUCCUAAAGGAGCUUACUUACGCCUCUAACAUGGGCUAAUUUGACACCAGAGAGCGUUGCCAUUUUAUAACGCCAGUCUAAUCACCAAAAAAUAUCAAACAAAAAAAUUUGUUGAGUUUGUUACUGUAACACCAGGUCCAUUUAGGCUCAAACUCUCAUAUUCCUCCCUCCAACUCACCAUCCCUUCAUGAAAAAUCAGUUUGUUUGAGUUGCCAAGUGCCAAAAUAUACAGACACGUUCUGUGUUCGUUGUUGUGCUUUUUUAAACUUAUUUUUUCCCAUUUGAAUACUGUUUUCUUUACCCCCCUCACUCUGCCUGUUAUAUACCUUUUGCAGAUAUUACCAGGGAGCGGCAAGAAAUGUGGUUCAUCUCAAGUCGGAAAACCUUGGCUUUGCCAAUAAUUACGCUUUAAGGCAAGAAUAUGUGCGCUGCAUAAUGUGAAUAUUUAUUGUCUCUUCUUUUUUUUUUUUUUUUCCUUUCUAAAUUUUUUACAUUGUGAAAGUGUGUGUGAAAAGUGUACACCAUUACAAGAAUGUUAUAUAAAAAAUAAAAGACUGAACAUGGACAUUUAUGUAAUAUAUGGAUACCAAAAUAUCGACAAAAAUAAAGGAAAAAAACGACAUGAUAACAAUUGAAAGCACAAUUCAUAAUUGUUCCUGGCCUAUUGAAGCUUACAUAUAGCUUAUUGUGUUAUUAUAUAUGUCUGUAUAUCCUUGCUCUUUUCCUAUUUGGCUCUUAAUUUAUUUUUUAAAAGUGGACAAAAAAAUAUUUAAUACAUAUAAGCACAAUGUCAUUGUUAAAUAUCAUUGGUGUAGACAGUCUCAGGAUCAGACAACAAGCAUAGCUGCUUUUUUCUUGUUGCUGUUGUUUGUUUUUUAGUUUAUUUACGUCUGUCUGCUUGAACCAAUCAUUUCAUUCCCAAUAUAAGAACUAAAUGAUCGAUUUAUGAUGUAGUUUCAGUUUAUUUUCCAUUGUUAAUAUUGCUGUACAUUACUUUGCUAAUGUGAUUGUUGGUGGAAAAUAUUGUUAAAAUAUGGAAUUCCGUAUAUGAACAUUUGUAUAUUAGACAAAACACAAAGCCCACUUUCUAGACAUAGUUUAAGCUUUUGAAAUGAAUUACACUGUCGUUUGAGUGAUUCUCCCUCUGCUGAAGCUUGGACUUAAUCUGUGUCCAGAAAAUCAGCUCUGAGUAAAGUGUUCCAUACUUUUAUAAUUGCAUUUACAUACGUAACAGUUUUUCCCAGGCAUAAAGCAUGUAUAUAAUGUGAAUAAUGCAGUAUUUAGUAGUUUAUUUAACUGAAUUUUCAAAUCAUUAUUCCUCUAUUUGUCCUGUUUUUUGGUUACAAACAUUUCAUAAUUCAAUGUUUCAUAAUUAGACUUUAACAUGUCAGUAUUAUUAUUAUAUUAAUACAGUUAAAUAUUAUUAUUAUUAUUAUUAUUAUUAUUAAUAUUAUCAUCAUCAUUAUGCUAUUAUAAGCUUGUGAGUAAACAGGAAACGUUCUUUAGAAGGUCAGAACAUUCACCGUUAUUGCCUUUGUGUUUGCAACAAAACAUUUGACACACUGAAGCACUCGGUAUCAGGCAGUUUUUAAAAACCUGUUUCAAAUGUUCAUACUUUAUUUCACUGUUUAUAUAACAUCAGAUAGAGUUUAGACAUUUUGUAACAAAAUGUAUUUUAUUUGGUCUAGCGUUCUUUUUUUUCCUGACUGUAUAACAAUAUGUAAGGUUUGCUUUUACACGAUUACUUUUCCAAUUUUCCAAACUAUGCCGCUAUAUAAAGAAAAGGUAACUCAGAGUAAAAAUGUACGCAUAGCUGCCCUUUUUCAUGCAAACAUGAAUGUGUAGAUGUCUUGCCAAUUCAAUCAGAUCCAGAUAAAAAAAAGAAAAACAACGGGAAAGCAAAUAAUCCCCCCUCCAUUAUUAUUAUUAUUAUUAUUAUUAUUAUUAAUAUUACUGUAUUAUUAUUAUUAUUAUUAUUAUUAAUUAUUAUUAUUAUUGUUGUUAUUAGUUUAUUUUGUACUAGUUUGGCUUUUUGCUGCCAUCUAGUGAUGAAACAUUCCAUGGCACUGCAAAUCAACACCAACCCGAUGACAAAUCUCUCAAUAUUUCAAAUGAACACAGAUAACCAAUUGUAAUAUAUAUAUAUAUAUUUUUUAUCAUAAACAUAUCAGUAAUCAUCUUUUACCUCUGUAGCUCUACAUGACAUCACUCUGUGCUUAGGCAAGCUACAUGUUUUCUAACAGUUUAAAGGAGAACAUCUGGGAAGUGGUAAGCUACUCUUCACUGGCUGAAACCAAAAUUUCAGUGUUUAAGAAAGAAAAAUAAAGGGCAACACUAUCUAAUGUCUUCUGUAUAGUUUUCAGUCUCACUACUGCAUAAUACUUUACCACAGGACUCAUAUAAUGUGUAUAUAACAGAUGCCAGAUUACAAACCACGGUUACUCUGAAUAGUAUUUUCUACACAUUAAAAAAUUAGCAAGUAAGGAAUACCACACAGACCUUUUCCUCUGUCCAUGUUUGCUUUUUAAACAUUUAUGAAAUAAAAUACCUUUGCUUUC